AUGGGGCAGUUGUCCCCGGAGCUGCGGCCGGUGCUGGCGCUGCUGCUGCUGCUGCUGCUGCCCCCACCACUCCCCCUGGCGCUGCGCGGAGCGCGCUGCCCCGAGCCCUGCACCUGCGCGCCCGACAGCGCCCUGAGCUGCCCGGGCCCGCGGGCUGGCCUCACCCGACUAUCACUCACCUAUCUCCCUGUCAAAGUAAUCCCAUCUCAAGCUUUCAGAGGACUUAAUGAGGUCGUAAAAAUUGAAAUCUCUCAGAGCGAUUCCCUGGAAAGGAUAGAAGCUAAAGCCUUUGACAGCCUCCUCAAUUUGUCUGAAAUACUAAUCCAGAACACCAAAAACCUGGUAUACAUUGAGCCUGGAGCAUUUACAAAUCUUCCCCGGCUAAAAUACCUAAGCAUCUGCAACACAGGCAUCCAAAAGCUUCCAGAUGUGACGAAGAUCUUCUCCUCUGAAUUUAAUUUCAUCCUGGAAAUUUGUGAUAACUUACACAUAACCACCAUACCAGGAAAUGCUUUUCGAGGGAUGAAUAACGAAUCCGUAACACUCAAACUGUAUGGAAAUGGAUUUAAGGAAGUACAAAGUCAUGCAUUCAAUGGGACGACACUGAUUUCACUGGAGCUAAAGGAAAACGUGCACCUGGAGAAGAUGCACAAUGGAGCCUUCCAGGGGGCCACAGGGCCCAGCGUCUUGGAUGUUUCUUCUACCAAAUUGCAGGCCCUGCCGAGCUAUGGUCUAGAGUCCAUUCAGACACUAAUUGCCACAUCAUCUUAUUCUCUAAAAAAAUUGCCAUCAAGAGAAAAAUUUACCAAUCUCCUGGACGCUAUGUUGACUUACCCCAGCCACUGCUGUGCUUUUAGAAACUUGCCAACAAAAGAACAGAAUUUUUCAUUUUCUAUUUUUGAAAACAUUUCCCAAGAAUGUGAAAGCAUAGUAAGGAGAUCAAAUAAUGAAACACUUUAUUCUGCCAUCUUUGCUGAGAGUGAACUGAGUGGCUGGGAUUAUGAUUAUGGUUUCUGCUCACCCAAGACACCCCGAUGUGCUCCCGAACCGGAUGCUUUUAAUCCCUGUGAAGAUAUCAUGGGCUAUGAUUUCCUCAGGGUCCUGAUUUGGCUGAUUAACAUCCUAGCCAUCACGGGAAACGUGACUGUCCUCUUUGUUCUCCUGACCAGUCGUUAUAAACUCACAGUACCCCGAUUUCUCAUGUGCAAUCUCUCCUUUGCAGACUUUUGCAUGGGACUGUACCUGCUGCUCAUUGCCUCAGUUGAUUCACAAACCAAAGGCCAGUAUUAUAACCACGCCAUAGAUUGGCAGACAGGGAGUGGGUGCAGUGCUGCUGGCUUUUUCACUGUAUUUGCGAGUGAACUUUCUGUCUACACCCUCACCAUCAUCACUCUAGAAAGAUGGCACACCAUCACCUAUGCUAUUCAGCUGGACCAAAAGCUGAGACUGAGACAUGCUAUUCCAAUUAUGCUAGGAGGAUGGCUCUUUUCUACUCUAAUUGCUCUGUUGCCCCUUGUGGGUGUCAGCAACUACAUGAAGGUCAGUAUUUGCCUCCCCAUGGAUGUGGAAACCACUCUCUCACAGGUCUACAUAUUAACCAUCCUGAUUCUCAAUGUGGUAGCCUUCAUCAUCAUUUGUGCUUGCUACAUUAAAAUUUAUUUUGCAGUUCAAAAUCCAGAAGUGAUGGCUACCAACAAAGACACAAAAAUUGCUAAGAAAAUGGCAAUCCUCAUCUUCACUGAUUUCACCUGCAUGGCACCUAUCUCCUUUUUUGCCAUCUCAGCUGCCUUCAAAGUGCCCUUCAUUACAGUAACCAACUCUAAAGUUUUACUGGUUCUUUUCUAUCCUGUUAAUUCUUGUGCCAAUCCAUUUUUGUAUGCGAUUUUCACAAAGACAUUCCGAAGAGAUUUCUUUCUGUUGCUGAGUAAAUUUGGCUGCUGUAAACAUCGGGCUGAACUUUAUAGAAGGAAGGAUUUUUCAGGUUAUACCUCCAACUGCAAAAAUGGCUUCACUGGAUCAAAUAAACCUUCCCAGUCCACCUUUAAGUUGUCCACAUUACACUGUCAAGGUCCAGCUGUCCCAGACAAGACUUGCUACCAAGAGUGCUAA